CUUGUUACAAAGCUUCACUAAACUUAGGAGAAUUUCAAUUUUCAGCUCACUUUGUGAUUAAAGAGAGUGAAAUGUAGAAUGUGGCAUCACGGCAGCCAUAAGUUCUUCUGAGAGUUCGGCAAUGGAGUUCUGCCUGCCAUUUCGGCUAAAUCUAUUGCCUAGGUUAGCCUCCAUCUUAUUCCAAACAACCUCAGUAAUGGAUUCCUGUGGCCUUCGCCUUCAUCAAAUCAGGAUAUGAACCUUCUCCUCCACAAUCAGCCAAUGUUCGCCGCUGGAAUCCUCAAAUCGUUGGCUCGGAGACCUAAUUUUUCCUCUGUUGCUGCCAAAUGGGAAGGCGGAGUUUCGAUGGUGCAAGGAGCUUCCAGAGGAAUUGGCCUCGAAUUUGUUAGACAUCUGCUGGAGAAGAAUGAAAAAGGACAUGUUGUUGCUACAUGUCGAAAUCCUGGACAAGCUACAGGGCUUCUUGAGCUGAAAAACAAGUUUGCUGAGCGCCUUUGCAUUCUAGAGUUGGAUGUCACCAAUGAAACCACCAUUAAGGCAUCUGCAAAGUCUAUAGAAGAAAGAUAUGGGUCGUUGAAUCUGCUGAUUAAUGCAUCUGGCAUUCUUUCGAUUCCUAAUGUACUCCAACCAGAAACUACCCUGAAUAAAGUGGAGAGAUCUUCUUUGCUUCAUGCUUACGAAGUUAAUGCCGUUGGUCCUAUUCUAGUGAUCAAGCACUUGUGGCCUUUUCUGAAGGCUGGGGGAGGUUCUGGAACAGAAAGAGAUGUUGCAGUUGUCGCCAAUUUAAGUGCUCGGGUGGGAUCAAUUGGAGAUAACCGUCUUGGGGGUUGGCAUUCUUACCGAGCUUCUAAGACGGCACUUAACCAAUUGACAAAAAACGUAUCGGUGGAAUUUGCAAGGAAGAAAGAUCCAAUCAUAUGCAUAUUAUUGCAUCCAGGCACGGUGGACACAGAUCUGUCUAGGCCAUUUCAGAGAAAUGUUCCUGAAGGCAAACUUUUUACAAAAGAGUAUUCAGUCCAAAAGCUCAUGACAAUCAUCAACAAUGCAAAGAGCCAAGACAACGGGAAGUUUUUUGCAUGGGAUGGUCAGGAAAUUCCUUGGUAGUAUGAACUUCAGUCUAGUUAAAUUUUUUACAUAAAAUUCUGGAUACCUCUUUUCAGCUUAGGUGAUCAAGGUUGUUUCAAGGCGAGAGGAUCAAACAUGGGAGUAAUCUGCCUUGAUUUAAUAAUUAUUUUAUAGUUUUAAUAAAUACAAAGAGACUCAAAUGUUGAAAACUAUGGAGAAGCAAGAACCACUUAAAUGAAGAAACAUGGUAAAGUUAUAUUUGCAUUCUUUGUUAUUCGUAGUUGUUGAGGACAUUGAAACAUAUAAUAAAAAUGUUCUUAGAAGUUUUUUCA